UUUCUCCAAAUAAAUUUUUUAUUAAUUCUCACUGGGCUUUAUUUUUCUAUUUGCAUCAAAAAUGAAAAUUUUGUCAACAAUGAGGAAAUUUUGCGUCAUACAUGCAAAUUUUGUCAACAAUGAGGAAAUUUUGCGUCAUGCAUGCAAAUUUUGUCAACAAUGAGGAAAAGUGCUGUAUGUAACAACUGCUGUAAACUCAAUCUAACAAUCUAGCUAAGUGAGUUUUGAAUAAACUAAAAAGUGAAAUCUAAGGAUUCUUGUCAUCAAUUCUGUUUCUUGAUGUAGUUCGUGCUUCCAGGGACUUUAAAUGAACUUGGUUCGAGGCACAGUUCUUCAUUUCACUAUUCACUCCUCUAGACCUUGUUCAAUCAAUACAGAUUAAUUUAAUGCCUUGAUUUCCAGAUAUAGAGAGAAUAUGGCUGGCAGGAUGGAAGAAGACAAGGUGGAAUACUGGCUUUAUCCAACAGAGUCUGGGUUGGAUGGUUUCUCCGUCCUGGCGAAGGUUUGGAACCUUGUGGAGAAAUCUGUUCAAACUUAUCUUUGGCAUCAAGAACUCUUCAAUCUCAAGCUAGUCGAGGAAAAAGAUGGUUGGUGUCUCCAGGGGGGUGUUGUAUACGGAGAUAGUGUCGAGGAUGAAUGGAUGGUAGUUGCUCUACUCAAAUAUAUUACAAGUGAGCUACAUGAGAUAUCUGCUAGAGUACUGGAUUCAGAUGGAGAAAUAAUAUUAAUAGAAGCCGCAGAUCAAGUUCCAAGGUGGGCCGGAGAACCUGCUCUGGCGGAAGGACGGGUUUUUCUUUACUCCGGAGAGGUUCACUUAAUCCCAGUAUGUCAGACACCCGGAGAUGUUACUCCGUUCCCCCACGGUUCUCCGAACCCGUUCUCUGCUUCAAGAUUCAUCGCAACAUAUCCUCAUCUUACCAGAGCAGACACUUCAGUUCAAAAGGUAAUAACCAGCAGGAUUGGUAGAUAUCCUAAGGAAUGGUCUGACAAUAAACACAUUACCACAGUUUUACUUCCAGGGAUCCUUGCUGCUCUUCUGCAUACACACAAACAAACGGUGUCUGAUAUAGUUCACGCUCUGAAAGAUCGAGAUCACAUUGAUGCAAGAAAGACCCGAAGUAUGCCACGAAUCCGUCCUGAAAACCAAAAGCAGUAUUCGCUAACCUUCCCUCGCUGUCUCUACGCUCUACUCUCAAGCAUUAAAGUUAAACCACACAGAAGUUCCGGUUGGAAGAUUGAAGAGCGGAGUAAACCGGAAGUACUCGGAUAUCAGUUGAGUUUAGGACUGGAGAUACUUUUAUCCAGACAUAGGCGCGGGGAAGAGGAAUCAGUUGGAGAACAGAGCUGGGAGAGGUUCAGGGAGAAGCUUGAAGAUGUCGGAUACUUUCAAGGAGAGAUGCAAGGUUCGGUGAAGUACAAACAUUUAGCGGAGCAAGCUCAGGAAUUUAUGAAAUGUUCCAAGGAGGGUUCCCAUCAUUCCCGGGUAGAUAAUAUUGUCAAGACUGUUGAGAGGUUUGAGAACGGGGAUCUGAAAGAACCCAGCUCAGGUUGGUUGCGCCCCGGGGGACAAGACGGGGAUGAAUCAUGGAUGGAAGUUACUCCGGAGUCUUUGGAUCGAAUGCUGGCAGCUAGGUUCGGAGUUGCCCAGGGUGGAGAGGAGAAUAUUCCGUCUGAACUGAACAGUUUUCUGAGUAAGAUAUCAGAUAUGGCUGGAGUAGGAGACCAGGAUUCAGUAGACCUGGAUCCAAACAAUCUGAUCAGUUCUAUGAAGAAACUACUCGGUGAACCUGACGAUCAUACCUUCAGUGAUGAGGAUUCUGAUGAAAGUGAUGAUGAUGAAGAAGAUCCUGUGAUCAUUGAUUACAUGAACAGGUUGGAUGCUGAGGUAUCCGGGCUCAAGGGUCGGGAGGACCUACCGGACCAGGAUAAACCUCUAGAGGUUGAUACUAACGUGCUCUCAAAUCUUCUAGCGUCCUACUCCGCAGAGCUGGGAUUCUCCGGUCCUGCAUCCUCGCUCUUUAACACCCUUGGGAUCAAUCCUGGAGUUAAGGGGGAGAAGAGUUGAUUAGAUCUGUGAUUAUUUUUACAAAUUUACAUCAAAGAUGUUUUUAUUUUCAGA